AUGAUUUCGACGUAUUACGUUAGUGAUAGUGAUAGCAGUGAUAGUGAAAGAGUGGAAAAUCUUGUCGCGCAGCGACGAUUCCUACGCAGCAUGGCUGAUCCCUUGGAACUUCCGAACCAUGCAAGUGGUAUUCCCGGAGUAGUGAUGUGUGUGGAUGGUACGAACAUAAAAAUAAUUGCACCAACCCAUGAUAGGGAUCAACACUACAACAGAAAGGGCUUCUACAGCUUAAAUGCGUUAAUGGUAUAUUCACCGGAAGCAACGUUUUAUACAAACCAUGCAAAAGGUCGUGAGAUUAUUGAACGUACGUUUGGUGCCCUAAAGAACCGAUUUCGAUGUCUAUUGGGAGCUAGGCAAUUACAUUAUACUCCGGAGAAAGCAACUCAAAUCAUUAAUGUGUGCUAUUGUGCUUUGCACAAUAUGUGCAUCGCAUAUAAAAUAGCAGAAUUUCCAUUGGAUGUGGAUUGUACAUUGGAUGUACAAUCACACAUGGUACCUGAGCAUUCAUUGUGA